AUGCCUUACAACAAUUCCGCGAUUGCUCCGAACGAAGAAAUCACUGGCGCAGCCACUCUCCCUCUGGCCCGAGUAAAGAAAAUUCUUGCGGUAGACGAAGAGAUUGGUGCAGUAUCUGCCAAUGCCUCUUUUGCCAUCACAAUCGCAACCGAAAUGUUUAUCCGCUACUUCGCAGAUCAAGCCAUGAACGUUGUGAAAUCGGAGAAGAAGCCUCGGAGAAAUAUCCAAUACCGAGAUCUUGCCAACGCCGUCAGCCGCAUAGACAACCUCUCUUUCCUUGAAGACAUCGUCCCAAGAACUACAACACUCAGAGAAUACAGAUCUCGAGCAGCUCAACCCAAAGCCCCAGCCAACGCUCCACCUCUCCAGAACGGACAGACCACCCUCGACGGAUCUUCGAGACGAAUCGCGCAGCGACCACCCCCACCAGAACAAGCUUUCAUUCCUCUACAACACCCAGAAGAAUCUUUUCUACACCCGCAUCCUCCCAUGGCGAUCGGCCAAAUGGAAGGACAGCAAUUGAAUGUUGCCCCGCCCAUGGAUCCGAGUCAAUCCAUACAGUACAACCCGCAGCAGUAUGUCUUUGAGCAUUAUGAGCCAAAUGGCAAUCCACGACCGGUGCCGUUGAGAAGGGACGAGGCAGGUGACAUUGAGAUGGGGCAAUGA